UUGAUUUCAUUCGUCUACAGUUCUAGAACUAUCCAAAGCAGAGAGUGAGGAGUUCCGUGAAGCGGUUCAACUUUGUGAUCUGUUUUCCCCGCAAAACAGAUUUACUUAAAACACCAGCAAGUUUAGUGAUUUAGUUUAGUCCGUGAAGAGGGAGCAACAGAUAGUCCAAUCGAAAAUGAAGAUGUUCAAGUGUUUAUUGGUGAUAAGCUGCCUGGCCUCGGUGUCCUUGGCCCACAGUGCAUCCGCGGCACAAUCGAUCAACUCGAACACAAUCGACGACACUCAUGACCCACAGCAGCAGACACCUCGGUCCGGAUCGUACCUCGGCGAGAUCAAGUACCUGUACAAGACGUACCAGGAUUGUGCCAGCUCCGAUGUUCCCACCUGCUUGAAACUGAAACUGUUCACCAUUCUGGAUCGCGUUGCACGAUCUCUCAAGGACUUCAAGAUCAGCGAAGGUGUCAAGUUCAUCCGUGAUCAGGAUGUCCCAAUCGACAGCACCCCAGUCAAGAGCGAAGCCCAGAUUGAGAUGGAUCUGCCCCGCUCCAUGGAUGAGAAGGAACGCUCCCUAAACUCGAUGCUGUUCGAUAAGGUCCUGUCCUUCUUCCAAACCCACACCCUGCAAGUCAAGUUCCCAUCCAGCGAAGAGAUCAAGCGCUCCAUGGAUGAAGUCCGUGCCGGAGGCGGCGGUGGCUUCGGAGGAUCCGGUGGCGGAUUCGGCAACAAGGACAAGGACAAGAAGAACGGACACUGGAUCAUGAUCCCACUGCUGCUCGGAAGCACCCUGGUCCCACUUGCCUUCGGUGCCCUAGCUUUGCUGGCCGGUAAAGCUUUGAUCGUAUCCAAGCUCGCUCUCGCACUCGCCUCGAUCAUCGGUAUCAAGAAACUGAUCUCCAGCGGUGGUGGCCACCAUGAAUCUGCCCAUGAGGUCGUCGUCUCCGGAGGACACGGUGGCGGCUGGGGCCGCAUUGGUGCCGCCCAAGGUCUGGCCUACAACGGCUAUGGACACUACGCCCAGUAAGGUCCUUACAUGAUGAAGACCCCCAGAAAGGUCUUCAGCAAAACAAAAACAGAACAGCCAAAGCUUGUGAAGAAGCUCACAGACAAACAAAUGCCCUACAGACACCCAACACAUACACAUACACACAUCAUAGAAACCACAACAGAUUGACCGCAAAAGUUCAGGAAACUGACUGAUGAUCGAAAAAUGGAAAAAAAUCAAGUUUUUUGUUAAUUCUUACGUUACCUCAUGCUCUAUCCCCUUUCCAUUGCUCUCUGUCUCAACCUGUCCUAUUGAAGAACCGCGAACGGAAUCCAAACAAAAAAACCGUCCGUUCGCUUUCUCGUUUUUGGAAGCAAAGAGCCUUAGCAUUUUUUAAAAAUAGUUUUAAAAACUUGCUAACAUAUUUAUUUAACUUAAUUGUAAUUUAAUUUAUGCCACUCGAAGAACUGAUUAUUUAUUUAAUUAAGUCUCUUAAGAUCCAUUUGUAAAAAGCCGAAUAAACUAAAAUGAUGAAAUG